AUGAGGUCACCUCCCUCUAAAUCUCAAAUAAAGAAUUCAACAAGUGGAAGUGGAUCAUCCACUGCCGGUAGCAAUGUGAAAGGUCCUCUUAAUCUUUUUUUCUCACAAAAAUCAAAUGAAAAGAGAAAGGGUAUUGACUUAGAUUCUUGUAGGAAGAGUUUAAGGGAGCGUGCUCUAGAUGCUUUUACAAGGUGGAUGUAUGAUGCGGGGCUCCCUUUUAAUUGUGUGAAUUACACCGAUAGUUUUGGUGAAUUCAUUGUGGCCGUAGGCCAAUAUGGCCCAGGAAUGAAGCCCCCUACCUAUCAUGAAGUAAGAGUUCCUUGUCUAAAAAAGGAGGUGGAGAAGACAGACAAGAUUAUCGAGGAGCAAAAGGCACAAUGGAAAAUUUAUGGUUGUUCCAUUAUGAUGGACAAAUGGACUGCAAAAAAUGGAAAAAUGGUCAUUAAUGUUUUGGUGAAUUCUCCGAGAGGUAGUGUGUUUCUUGAAUCUUAUGAUGCUAGUGACUCCUCAACCAAUUCCAAUAAAAUGUUCAACUUGUCUGAGAAGACAAUAUUGAAAGUUGGACCGGAAAAUGUGGUUCAAGUUGUUACUGAUAACACAAGUGAGAAUAAAAAAGUGGGUAACAUGUUGAAAGGAGUUUUCCCAAAUAUUUGUUGGACUCCUUGUGCUGCACAUUGUAUCAACUUGAUGUUUGGUGAAAUUUUCAAGUUAGCCCCAUAUUCAAGAGGUGAACAAGUGUCAAAGGCCAUUGUUGUUGAACAUGAUGAGGAGAUACAUAAAACAAAAAAAUUGGUGAAACCGGCUAAGACAAGAUUUGUAACAAGUAUCUUAACCUUGCAUAGCUUUUACCUGCAAAAGCAAAAUACCUUGUUCUUGUCAACCGAAUGGAGUGAGAGUAUCUAUACAAAGGAAGCUCUUGGGAAAGAAGUUGCGAGAUUUAUUAUUGGUCCAUAUUUUUGGAAUGACACUGUUCAAGCACUUAAAGUUGGUAAUCCUUUGGUUAUUGUACUUCGUUUGGUGGAUGGAGAGAAAAAAUCACCAACGGAAUACAUUUAUGAAGCCAUGGAUAGGGAUAAAGAAGCUAUUGAGAAGCCAUUUGAUCAUGAUAGGAGGAAAUAUGAGAGAGUGUUUGAAAUCAUUGAUAAAAGGUGGGAUGAUCAGCUUCAUCAACCUUUACAUGCAGCAGGGCAUAUUUUGAACCGCGAAUUAUUUUACACAAACAAUGAGAACAAGACUUUAGAUUUAAAAGUUUGGAAGGGGUAUCAUGCAUGUGUUGCGAAGUUGUUGCCAGAUGAAGCAAUGCAAGACAAAAUAGGACAAUAG